AUGACGGUGGGCGCCCGGCUCCGCAGCCAGGCGGCCCGGAGCCUGGCGCGCCGCGGCCCGCGGGGACGGGCGCGCGACGAGGAGGCGGAUGCCAUCCUGGAGCACCCCGAGGGCGACGACGACGCGGAGCCUGGGGCCGGGGCCGGGCGGCGCGCGGGGAGCCCGGGCGCGCGCAGGGUGCACAUCGCCGUCCUGCCCGAGCGCUACGAGCCGCUGGACGACCCCGCGCCGGGUGACAAGCCCAAGAGGAGGUACCGCCGCAAGCUGAAGAAGUACGGCAAGAACGUCGGGAAGAUCAUUGCCAAAGGAUGCCACUAUCUCGUCAUCGGCCUGCAGGGGUUCGCUGCCGCCUACUCUGCCCCAUUUGGAGUGGCCACCAGCGUGGUGUCCUUCGUACGCUAAUGGCAGCUGUCACCGGAAGCAGUAGAAGCCUGUGCCCUGGGGACAGUGCAAAACCAUGACCAUGUUGGGCUUGGACCUGCAGCGUACUGGGAAGAGGAAACACCACAUCGCGUCUUUGUUGAAUGGGAUGAGCAUUAGGAAGGCGCCACCCCUGCCCAUCUGCGGAGCUUCUCUCAUCUCUUGGACAUGGGUGCCUCCAGUGUCAAUCCUGCCGAGGAGGAGGAGGCCCAGGACAAGUUGGGGUUGGCUUGUUUCUCACGCAGAUUAGAGCCUUCCUGUGGUAGGUGGAGGCGGACCGGGGGCUGCUGUGAGCGCUGUGGGUAGCUGUGAGCACUGUGGGUAGCGGGUGAUUUUGGGCAGAGAAAAGAAUGACCUGGAGCUGCUGGUUUGCUAGGGUCACAAGCUGAUGGCUGCCGGCCUUGGCCUGCCUCAGGCGGAGGCUUAGCCAAGCAGCUGUUUCAGAAGCCCUCCGCCCCCACCGCCUUCCUCCACCACUCUAUCACCAGGAGUUUAAUUACAGGUUGGGAAGAAAGAAGCAAAGAAAACCUUCCUUUGAAGGCUUUGAAAACCUUGGUCACAGUAGUGUUAAGAUGUUUUUUUAAAGCACCUAGGAGCAUGCCAUUUUCACCCGACUCUGCACAGGUAUGCAGCCGGCCAUCAGGGCAGGAGGAAGGGUGUGUUCAGAAGCAAGCUUGGCAGCUGGGAGAGAGUGUGGUCUCUGGCCCAGCUGUGUGCUUGGGGCUGGCCUGGUUCCUGCAAGCAAGGGUGGCUGCUUUUGUGAGUUUCCUCAUAGCAUUAAUUCACUGCUGACAGAGGUGCACUAACUCCUUCUUGAUGCCAGAGAGAGAGAGAGGGAGAGAGGGAGAGAGAAGGAAAGGGAGGGAGAGGGAGAAGGAAUGGAUGCGUAGAUUUAGAGAAGGAACCAGUAAGUAGAAGACAGGCAUGAAGGAAGUAGAGAACAAGGUAAGAAGGAUGUAGGAAGAGAUGGAUCCAGGAGCAGGGCUGGAUGCUGGUUGUGAGCACCCUUAGGAGGGUGGGCCUUUGGCUCUAGUAGGGUGGGCAUCUUUCCUGUAUUCAGAGAUUACAGAGGGGCAGGUCCUGGCCUGACCCUGCUGAGGACGUCACUGCUACUGGAUGCUGGGAGGAGGAAGAACCCCUUUGCAGGCAGGAGGCUUUGCAGCUGUGCUGACCAUGUCACGACUGUUCCUAAAGUAGUUCCCAGGGAGGUGAAGGGUGGCGGAGGUCUCUCUGCCAGCCCCCAUAGUAGACUACUGCUCUGUCCUUGCUUCUAGAAUAUCCAGGGCUCAAAAUAGUCGGUCUGCCCAGUCUUGAUCAGCGGCAGCCUGCAGCUCCGGGAGCCUUCCCAAGGCACGCAAAGAAAACCCCACACUCAUGGCUCGCCUGCGGGGCCCAACCAGCAGGCACUGGUGGGCAGAGAAGGGUGGGAAGACAGAAGCAUGGACAAAAAGAGAACUAGGUGGCGGGGAUGUGGCACGUGAUGGCUUGCCUCAGCUUCUCUCUCUGGAGGCUCAUGUUGAAGAUGCUCUGGGGCUCAACCAGUGUGGCAAUAAUACUUGUGAGCAAAAGGGCAAGCCAGUGGCCUUUCUGUAGCCCAAAGAGAACAAGUUGAUCAUGGGCAUUCUGACGUGGGAGAAUGACAGCACCGGAGUGAGGAAAAGGAGAGGCAGAUAGAAAUGGUUAGAAUAAAUAAGUAAAAACAAAACCACUGAGCCUGGGAUGUCUGCCCAGUCACCCAGAGUGAAGUAUGAGCUAUGCAGCAGGCCUCCUUUGUCACACCCUAGUGUUACUGAGCCCCAGGGAGCCCAUUAAGUCCUCUUGGGGAGCAGAAGUGUGACCCAGAGAAGACACAAGGCUCCAAGGGCCUUGCCUUGCCUGGGAGUGUAUCCAAGAAAGAGCAUACUGCCCCCCAAAUUAGAACAUCUGCAAAGCCAAACCCCUCUGGCCCUAUGCUUCCUUCUCAAAGCCCGGCUAAGAAUUAACUCCAAAAAGUCCAAAGUCAAAAGGUCACAGGGGUUGUCCUUGGAGCCAAGGCCAGGUUCUCAGCGCACUGACUAACCCUCCCGAAACCCCUAUGCUUCCUCACACCCACAAAUUCCUGCUUAAGAAGGUUGCCUUUCUCCAUUAUUUUUUUCAGCCUCAGGGCUCACACCCUACUACAAACUGAGUUUAAGAACUUCCCCAAUACAGGCUUAACAAAAAGGCUUCCUGUACAUACUCUUCCUCCCCUGUACUAUAAAUAAAAGUUCCAGCUUGUCUGGUG